CCCUCUGCAAGCCUGGGCUAGGUGACCCUGAAGGUCCACAUCAGUGACGCCAGCACCCACCAGCCCGUCACAGAUGCGCUCAUCGAGAUUUUCACCAACCAGGUGUCCAUCGCUUCCGGCACCUCGGGGACAGAUGGCGUCGCCUUCAUCAAGUUCCCGUAUAAGCUGGGCAGUCAGCUGAUCGUCACCGCCACGAAGCACGCCUACGUGCCAAACUCUGCCCCGUGGAAGCCAAUCCGAUUACCCGUAUUUUCUUCACUGAGCCUGGGCCUGCUUCCAGAACGAUCCGCCACUCUAAUGGUGUAUGAAGAUGUUGUCCAAAUAGUCUCAGGAUUCCAAGGCGGAAAUGCUUGAAACCUCGUCAGCACCAUAGAAAACUGCAACUUCCGGCAGCCCUGGAGAGCUCCAAACGGGAUCAGUCGACUUCCAUGUCUCACAUCAACUUGCUCUUUUCUCGUCGGGAGUCAGAAUUCCCUGGCCCCCUCUCUGUCACCAGCCAUGGCCGCCCGGACGCCCCAGGGCCCAAGGAACUGAUGAGCGGGGUCCAUUUAGAAAUGAUGUCUUCCAACGGAGAAGUGGACAUGCACACCCCCAUGCUAAAGCUCUCCUACAGUACCUCGCAGGAAUUCAGCUCUCGGGAGGAACUUCUCUCUCACAAGGAAGAGGAUAAAAGCCAAAUCUCCUUUGAUAACCUGACACCAAGUGGGACGUUGGGAAAAGAGUACCACAAGUCUGUUGAGAUUUUCCCCUUAAAGUCCAGGAAACCUCUGGAAAGAGAAGGCUGUGAGUCCCCGGGCAACAGCGAGUAUAGGAGGGGCUACAAUGCCAUGCUCUCCCAGCCUUUGUUUGAAAAGCAAGACAGAGACAGUCAGGCCUCUGUGAACCAUAUCCCCACAGGAAGCAAGCUCACCAUUCAGGAACACAUGUACCCCGCGCCCUCAUCUUCCGAAAAGGACCAGCUGCUAGACCGCCGGCCUACAGAGUAUAUGAUGUCGCGGUCAGUAGACCACCUGGAGAGACCCACAUCCUUUCCACGGCCCGGCCAGUUGAUCUGUUGUAGUUCCGUGGACCAGGUCAAUGACAGCGUUUACAGAAAGGUAUUACCUGCCUUGGUCAUCCCCGCUCAUUAUAUGAAACUCCCGGGGGACCAUUCCUACGUGGGCCAGCCCCUGGUCGUUCCGGCCGACCAGCAGCUGGAGAUCGGAAGACUGCAGGCAGAGCUCUCCAGUCCCCAUGCAGGCAUCUUCCCGCACCCCUCCUCCCAGAUCCAAGCGCAGCCCCUGUCAUGCCAGGCAACCUCCCAGCAGCACUUGCAGGACGCGGGCACCCGGGAGUGGACGCCACAAGGUGCGUCCAUGUCAGAGUCUCUCUCCAUCCCGGCAUCCCUGAACGAUGCGGCCUUGGCUCAGAUGAACAGCGAGGUCCAGCUCCUGACCGAAAAGGCGCUGAUGGAACUUGGGGGUGGGAAGCCGCUCCCACACCCCCGGGCGUGGUUCGUCUCCCUGGACGGCAGGUCCAACGCGCACGUUAGACAUUCGUACAUUGAUCUCCAAAGAGCUGGGAGGAACGGAAGUAACGACGCCAGCUUGGAUUCUGGUGUGGAUAUGAACGAACCAAAAUCUGCCCGGAAGGGAAGAGGAGACCCCUUGUCCCUUGCGCAGAGCCACCCGGCUGCCCAGGAGCAUCCGCAGAAAGAGCCAAGGGCGGCGGACAGCACCUCCUACACGCAGCUCGUGUACCUGGACGACAUGGACCAAAGCAGCAGCGAGGGCGGCACCACCGUGUGCACCCCCGAGGACAGCGCCCUGCGGUGCUUGCUGGAUGGCUCCAGCCGGAGGAGCGGCGGCCAGCUGCCCAGCCUGCAGGAGGAGACGGCCAAACGAACUUCGGACGUGCCCGCGGAGCCGCUCGCCAGCCCCGAACAGAGAAGAUCUGCUCAGGAGGACGACGAAGAGGAAGAUGAGGAGGACCAAGGAGAAGACAAGAAGAGCCCCUGGCAGAAACGGGAGGAGAGACCCCUGAUGGCGUUUAACAUUAAAUGAGCGAUCACAGAGCCACCCAGCCGUGGAAUAUAAUGCAGUUGCCAAAAAUCCUUUCUUCCGGAAGCAGUUUACCUGUUCGGGGAAGACAUUGAACAGCGGCAUCCGUGGGAGCAGACUCUCCCUGCAUCACGGUUCACUGUGUAAAUGUCAGAAAAGAAUCAAAGUUAUGACAGAAUAAAGGAUGAUGUUCCCGGAUGCCUCGCCUCCAGGGAGAUGGCUGAACGUGGUGUCCGGACGUCACUCUGCAUCUUGGACACAGAAACCACAAGUGAUGUUGCUAAGGUUCUGCUGAUCACCUCAGUUGUCCCUCAGAUUCUGGGAACAGAUGAAACUCUUGUCACAUUGCUUGAAUCCAUUUUAUCACGAUAAUGCACCUGUGAAGUUAUUAUUGAGAUAUUAGCUUAGCACUUAGUGUCUCGAGGUAUGCAUUAUCUCAAAGGAAAGCUAUGCAUCGCUGCUUCGUGCUCUUACUUUGCUUAGGUUUUUUGCGUUGGUUAGGUUUCGUUUCGGGUUUGCUUUAAAAAAAAAAACAACACACACACACACAAUUUGGUUGUAAAGAUUUCCUUCUUUCUUUUUCAUCUGUUCUGCUUCUCGGUGGUUUAUUUCGGUGUCUCCUUCCGGGAACUCCCGAGUGUGUCACCUCUUAACCUCCAAGCCUUUUAAAUGAAAUCGUACUGAAGUUUUUGUCAGCUGAGAGCCCUUCAAUUCUGGUCCCAUUAACUCCAAGUGCCUUUUUUACAGUGACAACAACAGUCCCUCACCUUUCUUCUUCUUCUUCUUCUUUUUUUUUCUUUCUUAACUCCUUUAAUUGAACUGCCUGGAUUUUAUAAAGUUAUUAAGUGAUACCCCUUUUCUUUAAACUGCAUGCUGCCAAGUGCCCGUUUGUGCUCCCAAUUCUCAUUUCAACGCAGUGUUCUCUCUAGUUCCCAUGUGUGAUGUGGAUUCUGUUGAGCUAAGGUAGACGAGAGGACACUUUAGAGAUCGCCUUCCCUCCUCUAUCCCUUCGGCCACCAGCCACCAUUAUGGUUUCAUUGGCUGUCUGUAUAUACGGUUAUGUAUUAACUCGGGAAUCCUAUGGGCUGAUCUUGCUCACCCAGACAUGGAGUAUGGACUGAGCAAGUGAAUGUGACUAUUAAAGAAAUCGUAUGUACUACCCAAAAGUGCCAGAAUGACUCUUCUGUGCAUUCUCCUUACAGAGCUGCUUGGUUAUCCAAAAAUGAAAAUUCAAAAUAAAUGCUGAAAAAAAACCCAA